UUAUAAGUUAUUAGCAGUGUUUAUUGAUAACCAAGCCACUAUUUACAAAUUAUGGUACCAUGUAUAUUUGGAAUCUUGAAAAACUUCAACUACAUUUCAUAUUCGCUAUGUUCAAUGAUGUGCCACUUCUUCAUAGCCAUCGGGCAAGGCAUUGACAUGGGGAUUAUGAAACAACGACCUCUUACCAUCCCCCCAAGGGAAUCGCUGGAAAUAAAGAAACAACAGUAAUACAAGCAAUAAUUUGGGACCAACAGAAAUAAAGAAAUUAAAAAUUGUAACCUUGGUUCUAAUUCGAAGAUGUUCAUAUGGCACAAAUUCUGGUUGCUCAUGUGACUCUUCUUGAUGUUUUAAGUAAGCAUUUAACAUGCAAAUUCCAACACCAGGAAGGGCAACGAAAAAUGAUAAACUCUUCCACAAUUUAACUCCUCCUCCUCCAUGUCCUCCUGCUGUGGCUGCUGUUCCUGAGUAAGUGGACGAUUGCCUUCUAGCUACAUUAAAAGCCCUUCGCAACACCAAACUUCCGAAGUUCGCCAUUUUCUCCGAGAUCCACUUUUAUCUUCGACAACGUUCGCCUUUGCCUGGAGAGGGAGACAGGGGAGAACUUUCCGAAUAGAGAAGACCAAAGAGAUUAUAGAGGAAGAAACUGAGCAUCAGGCAAAGAGUAUCUAGUUAUUGAAAUACUCGGAUCAACGCCGCCUAGUCUCUGCGCCUAGUAGGCGGUGCCUGGCGCCUACAGAAUUGGCGAUGUUGCUCGGUUCAUGAAGGGUCAUGGACUAAACAGUACUGAAUGUACGAUGUUAAAUGUAUUACUGCAAUCUAUUGGAAAUCAAAAAUACUAUUUUUUUAAUACUCAGGCAUUUUUAAGCUUAAUUGGAAAAAUUUUCAAAACGUUGGCAUGACUUGCAGGUAACUUGAACGUACUAUGUCUCACGGUCGUGAAUCCGCCAACUUUUCGUACAUGGACGGAGUACCAGUGAAAAUCGGGGAGAAAUAUAAACCUCCUAGAAAAGUGACAUUACCUCUUGGGUUCCAGCAUCGUUUAUCUUAUGAAACGGCAUCAGAGGAGUAUGACUUCAGACUUGAAAGGAGUGUGCUGGAAAAAAUGGGUGAAUGGCGCUCUCUUCGAAAAGCUGAAGCAGACAAUCGGAAAGAAAGAAUAAAAGCCCAUGAAGAUGCAUGGCAAAAAAAAUUGUGUGAAAAUGUACAGAAGUUUUCUAUUAGAUCUACCACUGGAAAAUUUGAAAAUGUUCCUCCUGAGAAUUCUGGUGCAUCCAGUAUAUCCCAUUCAGAUCCCAGAGUGAGUUCUACUAUACCAUCUUGCCUUACCUAUCCCGAAUCUGGUCCAUCACACAGUAUUUCGUAUACCAGUGCUUCAUUGUCUCCCACUCCGAACGAAACCUUUUCUAAUAUCGAAGUUCCGUCUGGCCCAACUAAUGUACAAUCAAUUCAGACAACACCGCCUCACCAUAAUGUGCAAUAUCCCCAUCGUGCUUCAAUUCUUACUCCUGUUCCUUUCAGUCAGAAUUCAAAUAGUAUUAACUCAACCAAGUCAUCAUCUCAAUUUAAUUUCUCUGAUUUUGAAGCUGAUACUUCAAGUCCCUUUGAUAAUAUGGAACUGAAGACAAUAAAUGAAAUGGAAGAAUUAGCUCAUGUUCUUCAACCAAUAUCAAACUCUCCUGAUAGUAAAGAAAAUUCUAAGAAAGCAGAUGUAGAUAUAUCAAACAGUUUUCCUUCAACUACUUCAUCAUAUAGUGCUAAUCAAAAUACUGCACAUUAUAAUACAAUUGCUGCUAAACCCACUAAAGAUAACAUGAUGCUAACUCAUAUUAAUGGAUUGACUGGGUACAGUUCCUAUAGUACAACACCUAGAACAAAGGGAAGAGAGGUUAGGGGUGAAAAUUACGUAAAUGCUGAACAUAAUGUGUAUGAUUCUUCAACAAAGGUACCAAUGGAACUGACAAACAUGUUUGGUUAUUAUCCUCAUCAAACAUGGAAUUCAAGUGUUAAUGUUGGGCGUCCUAGUGUGUAUCACACAAUGGGGAAUAGGGAAACAGAGGCAAAUGUCGCAUCUAACAUUACCUCAGCGGGUGACAGUUUGUCAGAUGAGAGAGUAGGUUUUACUGAAGCUGAACCAGGAACUGGUCUGAACUCGACUGUUUCUUUUCCGUCCACUGAACACCAGCAUUCCAGUCAAGAUGAUCAGCCACCAUCAGGCCGCACUUUGUCAAAAAGUGUCCCUGAUAUAGUACAAGAAUUAGAGAAGGAGUUGGCAGUGAAACGAGUGGCUGAAAAGAAUGCUGUUUCCAAUAGAAUGAGCCAUACCCCUCCCCCACGACCAAACAGCUUUGGAUCAACAGGUUUGGAGGAUUGGAAACCGUGGCCUGAUUUAGAUAGCCCUGAACCCACACAUUCAAAGCAAAAGAGAUCUCCUGCAAAACAAGCUCAGAAAGAUAGUGAUAUGCCAAAUCCAUUACAUGAACUUCCAGUGAAAAGUCAACAACUUGUAAAGCACAUCAGUGAAAUGGGCUUCGCUCUUCCUCGAGUGGCACGGGCAUGCCAGUUGUUUGGUGAAGAUGAUAAAAAGGUUAUAGAAUUUCUUCUGCAGAUACAAGCCCUGGAAGAAAAAAAAUGGCCUGGUGAUUUAGCAGAAAAAGCUUUAGUUACGAAUAAACACAAUAUCGCAGAGGCUGUUAGAUUUUUGGAAGCCUUGACUCAACUCUUAGAUUUGGGUUUCCCAGAAGACAAAGUCUCAGAAGCACUGGUGAUGUUUCACAAUGAUAGAGAUAAAGCUUUGGACCAUUUAAUAUCAUAAUUAUUUACUGAAAUAUUCUCAUCGACCAAAGGAUGUUUGAAUCAAUGAAAUAUUCAUACAGUUUUGUAAAUUUGGAGGUAAAGAGAGGUCAUAAUUUGGCUUAACUGCAGUUGUAAUACUUUUUAUAGAUGCUAGGGCUUAAUGCUAUGUAUCAAGUGAUUACUGUUAAAUAUAUACCCAUAGUUCAUUAAGACAAUUAUGAAAAUAAUUUAAUGACCAGUAAGUGUUAUAUUAUCUGUGAUAUUUAUUUGCAUUACGAGGAAUAUUUCAUGAGCAUUUACCUUCAAUCGCGUGAAUUGGUACUUGUCAGUAGUAAGUUAACCAUGAUGUAAAUUAUUUCAGUAAAUUCGUUGUCACAUUUUAUUUUCUCUGGUUACGUGUAGACGGUACUUAUUUAUUCAAAAGGGGAUUGAACUCUGCUGAGGAUUUUUGUGUAUUCAUUCUCGAUCUGUUUUUACUUUUUAUAGAUCUGCAAUUCUCCUGUUUUCUUUUAACUGUUUAAUUUUUCUCUUUGAGUUCUUUAUUGUUUCUUCAAAAGUAAAUAUUUUUCAAGGAUAUAAUACAUUUUGUAUUCUGAAAGAGUGAUGAGAAUGGGGAUACUAUAUGAAAUCUUGCAGUAGAAAGAAACAGGCUCUUAAAUGUUGCUCUUUGAUACUGCAUUUUGCUUUCUCUUGUACAUUUUGUUGGGAUUGAGUUUAAAUCCAUUAAAUGUAAACUCUCCACUGAGAUAUUUUGUCAAUUGUUAUGUCAGUUAAUAUAUAAUUGAACAAUGUUAAUAAUAAAAGUAACAUUUUUCAAGUUUUGUAUUGAGAAAUUGCUGCUACAACAAUGACCUCAAGCCAUACACUUCAGUUUUUUGGGUAGUACAUUUCUUCUUUGCAUUUUACUCAUUUGUUUUCUUUUAUUUUGCUAUUUUCUAUUUACUAAGUGUCAGCCUUCAUUUUUUUUUUAAUAUUUACCUUGUGCAUUUGGUAUUUUGCAUUUCAAAUUUACAAUGGACAUCCUGAAUCAGUUAUAGUAUAUGAGAGCACGAAAGUUUUAAUUUCAAUACAUCAAUACAUUUUUGCUUAAUAACAGUUCCCAUAAUGUAUUUUAUAUUUAUAUUGAAUAUAAAAAUGUGAAAUAUAUGAAAUAUGCAUUUCAUACAAAGAUUUCAAAUUAUUAUUAACUCUGAUUUAUACAUUCUCAUUCUAUAGGUACUUAUACAAGAAGUAUGGUAUAAGCAAAAAGUUGGUAACUUUUUUCUUUUUUAUUUGAAAUCUGGAGAGUUUUGUGGACAUGGACACAAGUUCUUAUCUUUGUAAGUAAGAUGUCAAUAGUAUUGUAAAUUGAAGCAAUCUUAGAAAAGCAAGUAUUGAGGAAGGAAAAGUAUUAGUAAUUGUGACUUUUCAUUUAUUCUCCUCCACAACACUGUAGGUAUUGUUUGUAAUCACAAUAUGUAAGGUAGACUGUAAGUGAAAAAAUUGUGAAAGGAAUGUUCCAUGAAAAUCAGUAUUUUUAAUUUAUCAUUUCUUUCCCGUACUCUCCACAUCUUGAAAUAUUUCAAAUUUUGUUAUAAUUUUCUUUAUAUUGUACUUUUACCUAAAAGGAGAACGUCUUUGGUUGAUUUCUGGAGUAUUGGAUGUUUUGUAAUCAAACGUAAAUGUAAUUGAAGGUGUAAGAAUUGUUAUAUUUUGAUAAUGCAUGAAAUAUAAUUGCCGAGACUGUUCUGUUAGUUUUGAGGUUUAAAAUGAAUUCCAUUAAUUCUGGUUAACUUAUUGUUUAAAAAUAAAUUUGAAAUUUUAUAGUAUUUUGGAAUAUUCUUAAGUUGCAAAAUGAAACUUUUAUGUAUUUUGUGAAUGUAUUUGUGUAUUAUGACAUUGUAAAAUAUAUAAAUAUAUAAGGAAGUACUUGUGUUGUGGUGCUGCAAAAAAACAUAAGGCUUGUAUUUUCUUACAUGAAUUGUGUACAUUUUAAUACAUGUAAUAAAGUGUUAAGUUAUUCAAAGACCAAAGA